AUGUCAGAUGACGAUGGUUCCGUCGAUGGCGGCAACCUAUUCCAAGAGCCUACAGGAUACUACAAACCCGAGCAGGAGCCAACCUCUACCACUUUCGCUUUGAUAGAUGGCCGCACAGUGUCCCUCAGACUUGUAGGGCACAGUCCCCUCUGGGGACAUCUUCUGUGGAAUGCGGGUCAAGUCAUUACUUCUUUUCUGGAGGACCACGCCGACGAGUUCAUCAAGGACAAAAGCGUACUCGAGCUGGGUGCGGGCGCCGGGCUUCCCAGCCUCGCUGCUGCUGGUCUCGGAGCGAAGACUGUCGUUGUCACCGAUUAUCCGGAUCACGAUCUCAUCGCCAACCUUCAAUACAAUAUCGAGAAUUGUGGUUUGGACCUGAGCAACACAUACAUCACUGCAGCAGGUUACCUUUGGGGUCAGUCUCCAGAGGCAUUGCUAUCGCGUCUGCCGGCCUCAACCGACCAUUUCGACCUCAUCAUACUCGCAGACAUACUCUUCAAUCAUUCAGAGCACCAGAAACUGAUCCAGACGCUGCAACAGACUAUGGGCCAGACCUCGUCCGCUCUAGUGUUCUUCACUCCCUAUCGACCCUGGUUGCUGCAGAAGGAUCUUGCUUUCUUCGAACUUGCCCGUGCUGGGGGCUUUUCAGUCACAAAAAUUAUGGAGCAUACGAUGGAUAAAGUCAUGUUUGAAGAGGACCCCGGAGACGAGCAGCUACGCCGUACUGUUUUCGGCUAUCGACUGGCACGGCCUGACCCUUGA